GAAACUAUCUGCGAGUGCCGCCGAAUGCGGUACUCGCGCGUAUAUGCGCCAGAGCCAUACGGGCUCGGGCUGAAUCACUACAAUGAUGACACAUCAAAUGCUUUUUUAGGAUUGGAUUGGAAUUGGAUGAACCAUAUUUCUACUUUGAGGGUAAAAUGGCCAUAAUAAGAUCUAGUGUGUGGUCUUGGGGCUAUGUCAUUGUUGUGAGCAAAUUCGUGGUAGUUUUUAUUGACACUGGCCUGGCGAAAUCUUUCGGUGUUCUGAUUCCUACAAUGGUUGAGCGUCUGGAGUCAGAUUAUGCCACGAUCGGAUAUAUAUGUAGCUCGCCUGCAACGCUUAUGUACCUCUUAUGUCCAAUUGUAACACUCGUUCUGCGGAAGAUCAACCAUCGUUUUGUCGCUAUGUUAGGCGGAGUGUUGUGUGGAUCAUUUAUUAUUGCAAGCGCUUUCUUCAACAACACAGUUACUGUAGGAGUCUGUUUCGCUGUAUCAGGUGCUGGCUUGUCAAUGACUUACAUGCCCACACUCAUUGCACUGAAUGAUUUCUUCCGGGAAAAAUUCGUUUUGGUGAACACAUUCACGUUAUAUGGCUACACUGCCGGAUCCAUGCUGCUCCCUAUUGUAACGGAAAGGUCCUUUGAAGCAUAUGGCUAUGCAGGGGCGUUUAUUAUCCUUGGUGGUAUCGCUCUGAACCUUGUCGCCUGCGGUGCAGCGAUACGCAAGUCAUCAAGAAACGUAGCUACGAAUGAAGGCGAAAUUCAUGAUGAAGUGAAGGAGAAACGAAAGUGCCAUUCUAAAAAGGAAUUAUUGGAGAUAAAGGAAGACAGGAUUUAUAAACAGGAGGAGGAUGAGGAUGAGAAAGGGGAUGAACGAGAGGAGGAGGAGGAGGAGGAGGAGGAGGAGGAAGAGGAUAGUGGAGAGUGCAUUUCGGAGCAAAGAGGUUUGAUUCAAACCGAUAGCCGUUGCAAAAGUAAGCAUGAGACAUCAGCGAAUGCACCCUCAUCCUGGACCACACCCUUCUUUCAGACCUGUAACGGGUCUUGCGGACUCCUAAACGAACCUCUCUUUCUCUUCUCCUUGCCUAUUGCUUUCUUGCAAUAUUACAGCAUUUAUGCAUGGAUGCUUUUUCUGGUCCCCCACGCUGAACACCUUGGCAUCCCUCCUUCCAAAGCAAUCUUCCUCUCCACAAUCGGCGGUUUAGGUGGCUUCAUCGGUCGAACCAUUUUUAUUAUCCUCGUCCGCAAAGGGAUCAACGUCUAUGUUAUCUACAUCGCCUUAAGUCUCAUAUGCACGAUAUCCUUUCUGUUAGACUUUAUCAGUUCUGCCUACGAGGUGCUAGCUACCUUAGCAUUUGUCCAAGGGUUCUCCUUUUUCGUCGAGGAUAACAUACCGACCAGUUUAUUCAAGGAUGCAGUCUUUGACGAGACAAAUGCUGACAUGGCCAUAGCUCUCAGUGUUUUUACGGGAGGACUAGGGGCGACAUGUGCUGGGACAUUCACAGGUUAUCUGUUUGAUGUCACCCAGUCGUUCACGAAGGUUUUCGUCAUCGGCGGCUUCAUCAGGGCCGUCAUGGUCGUCCAUCUCUUCAUCGUAGCGAUCCUCAUCAAGAGACGACGGAUGAGAAAUGAGCUUUUAGUUUGAACACAAGGGCGAUUUAGGGGAGGGGGUAAAACAUCCCCACUACCUCUGUUUUGGGAACCUAAGAUGAGGUGCGUACGCAGGGGGAGGGGGGGGGGGAGGAGUUGACCCCCCUUUUUUUUUUUAUGUGUGUGUUUUGGAGGACCCCCCCCUUUUUUUUAUAAAAAAGAAAAAUUGUGGUAAUGGGUUACCCAAAAAAGCUGAAGAAACGAAAUACCGAUCGGCCAAAUUUGUGUAGAACAGAUGAAUAUGAAUGUGACACCUGUUUUACUCAUGUUUACAUAAUAGCAGUGAAGAGAUGUUCCUUUGUCUACCACAACAACUGUUGAGGGUAGAAUGAGGAACUGUAUAUUUUGUCCACUUUCUUUGUCCGUCAUGUUCAUCGUGUUACCCCCUUUUAAUUUUCAUUUCCUGUAACCAAAUCAUUUUGCAUUACAGUGACCAAAAACAUUGUAAACAGUAUUUUAAUGCUCAUUUUUGUUAUAACAUUACAUUUAUUAUUAUCUGUCAUUGUUUAUAUUAUGUGAAAAGAAAUGAAAAAUAAAUUCGCUCUGUGUAGAGCU